AUGUGGGGAUUGAUAAGAAGCGCUUCAAAAAAUAUAAACAAUGAAGAUACAAAUAACGAUGAAACUAUAGAUUAUGAUGAGGAGGGAGAAGAUGAAAGAAAAAAUGAAACGAAUAAUAUGAAUGGUAAUAAUAAUGUAGAUGAAAAUAAAUGUGAAGAUUCUUUAAAGGAUGAAAUAGAUAAUAUUGUGGAUAAAAAAAAUGAUAAAGAUGAUAUGCAAAAUAUGGAAUGUAAAUUAUUAAAUCCAGAUGAAAUUAACGAAAAAAUUGAAGAAGUUUUAAAUAAUUUAUCUUCAGAUGAAGAAGAAGAAGGAGAAGUUGUUGAAGAUGAAAUACCUUAUGAACGUGUUAAAGAAAAGAAUAAAGAAAAUAAAGAAAUAAUUUUAUUAAAUAUAUAUUUAGAAUUAUCAAAUGAUCAUUUGGAAAUGUUAUUAAAAAUAUUUGGAACUGUUGAAAAAAUAUAUAUGGAUGAUAAUGAAGGUGUUCAUGCUAUAUAUACAUCUUUAUCUAGUGCAAAAAAAGCAAAAGAAUUUUUAGAUAAUUUAAAAAUAAAAAAUAGAAGAAUGCAAGUUAUAUAUGGUAAUUAUAAAAAGACUUCUAAUAUUAAUGAUAUGGAAAAUAAAAGGAAAACAAAUAUAUAUAAUAUGAAUAAUGAAUAUAUAGAAGAUAAUAUAAAUAAUGAUGAUAUAAAUAUUAUAAAUAAUAAACAAGAAUUAUAUAGUAAAAAUUAUAAUGAUAAUUCAAAUAUUAUAUAUGAUCAUUUAGGUAAUCCAAUAAAGAAAAGUGUUGUCUUAUAUAAAAAUAAAAAAUAUUAUAUGAAUAAUAUGACAAAUAAUAAUAAUAAAUCACCUUUAUAUAAAAAUAAUCAUAUGAAAGGAAAAAAUGUUCUACUAAAAAAUAAUAUGUUUGAUUCUUCUUUACCAGUGCAUUUAAAUAAUGAUUAUAUGAUAACAUCAGAUGGAUAUAAUAAUAUAGCUGAUAUAAAUAUAGCAAAUAAUAAUGGUCAGCAAGAUAUAUCUGAUCAUUUUCAUCAUAGUAAUCAUUUUUCACAUGUACCUCCCCCCCCUCCUCCAACAAAUAUAUACAACAAUAAUAAUAAUAAUAAUAAUAAUAAUAUGGAUGAAUAUAAUGAUAACUAUAGUGACGACGAAAAUAAUAUGAAUAAUAUUAAUAAUAUUAAUAAUAAUAAUAAUAAUAAUAAUAAGUAUAAUAUUUCUUAUAAUAAUAGUCGUGCAUAUACAAAUAAUUCUCCUUAUAGAGGGAACAAUAAUAUCAUGAAAAACGAAAAAAAUAACUACAACAAAUUAGUAAAUAAUAAAUAUAUAAAUGUAUCAACUGAUAAUAUAGGAAAUAAUCUUAUAUCAUCAAAAUAUAAUAAUAAUAUUGGAACUUUUGGUAGUAGUAAUUAUAAUUUUUCUUAUCAAAAAAAUAAUUUAUAUUCACAGAAUUAUAUUAAUAAUGAUAAUUAUAGUAAAGGAUUAUAUUCAAAACAUAUCCCCCCCCCUCCAAUUAAUGAUAAUAAUAAUUUCACAGGCUUAUCUAUAUCCAAUAUGAAAAACAAAAAAGAAAAUAUGAAUUAUAUAAAUACUCAUAAUGAAAAUGAUAACAAAGAUAAUUCACUUUAUAAUAUAAAUGAAUUUAUUCAAAUAAAUGAUAAUAAUCCUUUCAAUAUUCAUAGUGAACAUAUAAUGAAUGAUAAUUACUUAUGGGUUACUAGAAAAGAAGAAACAGUAUUAAAAUGGUCAACUACUUUAUCUAUAGAAGAAAAUCAUUUAGAUUUUUUACAAUCAUUUAAUAUAUAUAAAUUGUAUAAUAGAUAUUUGUUAAUAACUAAUAUUCCUAUAAAUUUAAGAGAUACGCAUAAAUUAAAGGAUUAUAUAAAUAAUCUGCUAUCAACUGAUAAAAUAUAUAAUGCAUGUGUCGAUGUUGUCUUUUUUGAUACUGUCAAAAAUGAUCAUCAAACGUUAUUCAACCAUGACGCAUUUAAUAAGGAUGCUCAACAUCUACAUCAUUUACAAGAACAAAAAGAAGAUCAUAUGAACAGUGAGAUAAAUAUAAAAGAAGAGGGAAGCACAUAUGAGGAGAAUAAAACGAAUGAUCAUAAAACGAAUGAUAAUAAUGAAAAACAAGACGAAUUAAAAGAAAAGGAAAUAACACAAAAAAGUGGGAGAAGAAAAAGUCAACAAGAAAAGGUAAAGGCAGCUCCUCAAAAAAUAAGAAAAAAGAGAGGACGUGCUAAAACGAAAAAGGAAGAACAAGAAGGGGAAGAGGUAGAUGAAGAAGAAAAGGAAGAAGAAAAUGAAGGAGAAAAGGAAGAAGAAAAGGAAGGAGAAAAGGAAGAAGAAAAGGAAGAAGAAAAAGAAGGAGAAAAAGAAGGAGAAAAAGAAGGAGAACUGAAUGAUGAUAGUGGUAUAAAUGAAAUAAAUCAUCCUAAUAAUGAUGAGAAUAAAAAUGUGUAUGCACAUUUAACCUUCAGAACUAUAAAAAACCUAACAGAGGCAAAAAAAAUUUUAGAAGAAAACAAUUUUUUAGUUACAUUUACAUCACCACAUAAACCUAACAACUGUUUAUGGGUAGGAAAUAUUUUAAAAAAUUAUUUUUUCAAUACAGCAAAUAUCUUAAAAACAAUGUUUAGUUUUUUUGGAGAAAUCAGAAAUAUUAAAUAUGUAAAUGAUAAGAAUUGUUUUUUUUUACAAUAUAAAACUAUAGAAUCUGCAAUAAAUGCUAGAAAUCAUAUGUUUGGCAUACAAAUAUCUAAAAAUACAAUUUUAAAUAUUGAUUUUUCAAUAUUAAAUGAAUGGGAUAAUAAACAAAAAAUAAAUUUGUCAAAGAAAAGAUUCUUAGAUACUAAUGAAAUACAAGAUAAAUUAGAAAAAAAAUAUCAUAGAAGAAAUAAUUCUUAUGCUGAUUCAAAAACUAUGUCAUUAUUAAAAAGAAAUCAUCACAAAAAAGGAUAUACAACAAAUAGUAAUAGUUAUUAUAAUAAUAAAUAUGAUGAUCAUAACUCAAAAAAAAAAGUUCAUAAAGAUUCAAAUUAUCUAAUUGAUAAAAAAAAUAAUCAUAAUAGAAAAAGUAAAUCAUAUAAAAGUUCUCAUCAUGAUAAAAGUGAUAGUCAAAGAAUUCUAAAAAGAAAAGCAGAUGAUUAUGAACAUUAUAGAGAUAGUAAAAAAAAUAAAAGAGAUUAUUUAAAUGAACAUAAACAUGAUUAUAAUGAUGAUAAUAUGUUUAAUGAUCACAAUAAUAGUAUCCAUUCUGAUAUACAACAUGAUAAUAGUGUAGAUGAGAAAAAAGAAAAAAUAAUUGCUUUUUAUGUAAAUCAAAAAUAUAAGUGUGAUUUUAUAGCAAACUUUUAUGAGGGAGAUCCAAAACUUAAAAUAUAUUCCAAAUUAAAUGUGGAAACAAAGAGUGACAUUAAAAAUUUGAAACAAAUAAAAAGUACCUGUACCAAUUAUUCCAUAUGGCAAUUAGGGCCAACAUCGAGCCAGACUAAGAAAUUUACUCAUAUCUGUGAACAUUUUUGUAAGAAGAAAAACAUACCAGUUAUAAUAAAUAAGGAAUAUACAAUAUUCAUUGUUCCAAUAAAAGAGGAAUAUUUAAAAGAUUUGCAAAUCGAAAAUAUGGAAUAUAUGUAUGCCUACGUUCUGGAGACAAAAAAAUCUUAA